AAUGGGGGCAAAAUGCUCCAUUGAAAAAAGGUGUGACGUGGGGGAUGAAGAUUCAAGAACAUGAACAUCUACGUGUCAAAACUUGCAAAUUGCGAUCCACACCCAUCAAACGGCGGGAUAUUCAGCGAAACUUUUUAUUUUCUCCCGCUCUCUGUUCAAAAUCGAAAACAAAAAAAAUCGAAGACAGCUGUAAAAUCCCCUUUUUACCCUUGCCGUCAUUCAUUUCAUUCCAAUCACUAUCCAUACUCCUUCCCCGAGAAGCUUUGCAUUUCGUUCAUCUAUCCCUGCGAUUCAUUCAUCUCAUGCUUUCAUCAGUUUCUCAUCGACGAUCUGUAGUCUCAUCGCCACCAAUCUUCCGGAUUUCAGUCUCUUUUCAAAUCACCACCACUUUUCCCACGUCCGGUGAACAAGUUGGGAAGAACGAUGGAAAACCAUCAAAAUUCGCCGUUUGACCGUCCAUCUCAAGUCUUCCGUGGCAUUCGCUUUGUUCUUCUUGGUUUCGAUCCUAUCAACAAAGCUCAGGUUUCGCGGAAGCUUGUUAAUGGCGGAGGCAUUGAUGCUGGUCUAUAUGGUCCCAGUUGCACUCAUGUUAUUGUCAAUAAGCUUGUUUAUGAUGAUCCCGUCUGUGUUGCUGCCAGAAGAGAUGGGAAGAUAUUAGUCUCUGGCCUAUGGGCUGAUCAUAGCUUUGACGUUGGAGUACCUGUGGAUCCAACCUCGGUGAUGUACAGACCAGUGAGAGAUUUGAACGGGAUUCCAGGUGGAAAGUCACUAGUUAUAUGUUUAACAGGAUAUCAACGUGAAGAUCGGGAGGACAUUAUGACCAUGGUUGAUUUGAUGGGUGCGCAGUUUUCAAAACCACUGAUAGCAAACAAGGUUACUCAUCUUAUAUGCUACAAAUUUGAAGGGGAGAAGUACCUGCUUGCAAAGAAAAUGAAGAGGAUAAAGCUUAUUAACCAUCGAUGGUUAGAAGACUGUUUAAAGGCCUGGGAGAUUGUCCCAGAAGCAGAUUAUACUAGAAGUGGUUAUGAGCUGGAGAUGGAGGCUGAAGCCAAAGAUUCUGAAGAUGAAGCAGGAGGUGUUGCUACUGGACUUACUGAAGUGAAGAAGGAAAGCCCGUAUAAUUCUGUGAUGUUAAAGCAGGAUGUUUCAACAAGUAUACCAAAUACCAGUGCUUCUAAAGGGUUUGAAAAUGCCAAUAACAAUGUGUCAGUGACUAUGAAGACCACAUCUGAUCGAUUUCUCAAUCCCCAUGAGAAUGUUGUUGGUCUUACCUGUGAGCCAUCCAAUCUAUUUAAAGGAACUACCAGUGGUUCAGCAUCCAAGAAAUCUCCUUCAAACGAAUCAAGAAAUGUCAUGUCUUCAAUUUACUCUAGGAAAGUGCCAAUGGGAACCACACCUCCAACAGCAGACACAACAAACGAUAUGAACAGUGCUAAAAGACUGGAUAAGAUUAAUCUGAGUGAUGCCUUCAAUAUGUCUUCACCUUUUGUAGAAAAAGAGGAGCAAAAUGGAUCAUCUUUUGGUAAGAGGAAGAUGGAGAUUUCUUCUGGUAGUUCUAAACUACAAAAAAUGAGUCGCAAUGAAGACACAUUGAAUAGAGAGAGUCUCCAUGUGGAAAGUGUAUUUCAAGAAAAGGAAAAGAAUCCCUCUACUGAAAUGAGCAACCAUGUAUCACCUGGGACUGGCAUCCCUUAUGUAAGUGAUAGAUCUCCUGUAAGUCCUGCACAAAAUGUCCCCUUCAACAGCAGUGAAAAGAAGCUGUUAAGUUCUAAGGGUAAAAGUGUAACAUGUGAUGAAAUUUCUACCCCACCUGUACAAGACAAAGGCUUUGAUGCAGAAUUGAAGGAAGCCAGUGUAGCAUCAAAGUUUGGUAGCAGAGAUGUUGAUAUGGUACAACAAUUUGAAUUUGAAAUACCUGCAGCUCAGAAGCCAGAACAUGUGAUGCAAAGUCUUGAGAAAUCAUCUCCUUCUGCUGUAACUUGUGAUCUUGAGAAAUCCAGUACUCCAAACUUGGAGAUUAAUGAACAGAGCGCUGGAUCAGGCUCAAAAUCUGUUAGAAGGAAGUCAAUCGCCAAGAAAUUUUCUGCCCCUAAACAGAAUCUAGGUAAAAAGAAGAGUGUGGAUCAGAAAGGUUCUAUUUAUCUACAAAACAGUGAGCCACAGAAUGAUAGAGUUGAUGUUCAGGGAGUAGGUGAUGACAAGAAUCUUUUUAACUAUCAGAAGUUGGAGCCAGUGGCCAAAUCAAGUACAGAGAUAGAGAAGGAGAUGGAUAUUGAGAAGAUGGAUGAUGAAACUGAGUCUCCAGAGGAUAAAGAGGAGCAUGGAGCACAUACUGCUGAUAUAGUGAUGGAAGAAAAUGCACAUGGCGAUGAUGUAAAUCAAAGUAAUGAAAAAGUUGAAGACGCUUCAGAGGCUGGGAACUCAGUUUCUGUGAAUGUGGACAAAUCUGAUGCUACUGAGAAACAUGUGGUUAGUACUAAAGCAUCGAGAGAGAAAAAACUCCCUCCAACCCAAAAGUCAAAGAAAAAACCAGAUCUUUCAGUCAAAGAUGCAAGUGAUAAGAAGGAAGUUGAAAUCAGGGAAGAAGCAACUCCACUUCGAGCUUCUAAGAGAAGCAAGAGAAAUGUAAAUGAUUUGCAGACAGCAGAAGAAGGUGUUUGUAAUGAUCCUGAAAGUAAGAAUGAUGACAUCAGCACUGAACAUGUGCAUUCAGCAUCUGAAAAGGAAAAGGAUAAGACAGAGAGUGUUAAGACCAACAAGGCAACUAAGAGGAAUAAACUUCCUCUGAGCAAAACUAAGAAAGAUAUUGGUCUUUCUAAUUCUGUCAAACAAGUAACCGAAACAAAAACUGUUAACAAGAAGGGUAGUAAACCAAGUUCCAGAGCGUGUGAUUUUGAAGCACAGAAGGAAAAUAUGCAAAUUCCUGUUGAAAAUAAAAACAAUCAGAAACAGAAACAGAAACAGGCCUUAAAAUCUGAGAAAAUUACCCCCAAGUCUACGAAGGUGAACUCAGAAGAAGCUAAGUGGUUCAUAUUGAGUGGACAUAAGUUGCAAAGAAGGGAGUUCCAGCAGAUGAUUCGGCCAUUAAAAGGGAAAAUAUGCAGAGUCUCUCACCAAUGGUCUUAUCAGGCAACUCAUUUCAUUGUCCCUGAUCCCAUACGCAGAACAGAGAAAUUCUUUGCUGCUGCUGCAUCUGGAAGUUGGAUUCUCAAGACUGAUUACUUAUCUGCAAGUAACGAGGCAGGAAGAUUCCUAACAGAGGAACCUUACGAAUGGCACAAAAAUGGCCUAAGUGAAGAUGGUCAAAUUAACUUGGAAGCUCCAAGGAAGUGGCGCCUUUUGAAGGAGAAAACCGGGCAUGGUGCUUUUUAUGGAAUGCGGAUUGUCAUAUACGGGGAAUGCAUUGCACCCACUUUGGACACUCUUAAGCGGGCAGUGAAGGCUGGAGAUGGGACCAUAGUGGCGACUUCCCCACCAUACACCCGCUUUCUAGACACUGGUAUCGACUAUGCCAUUGUGAGCCCUGGCAUGCCACAUGUCGAUAUAUGGGUUCAGGAGUUCAUAAAACAUGAGAUACCGUGUGUCUCGGCUGAUUACCUUGUGGAAUAUGUAUGCAAACCCGGAUAUCCUCUUGAAUCGCAUGUCCAAUAUGAUACAAAUGUUUGGGCAGAAAGGUCAUUUAACAAUCUCAAGAAUCGUUGUUUAACCAUCGAAGAAGAAGAAGAGUCAAUGGGUCCCACAACACCUGAGAGCAGUGAUGUGGCAUGUGAGGUAUGUGGAUCACGUGACAGAGGUGAAGAAAUGUUGAUGUGUGGGAAUGAAAGCGGUUCGAUUGGAUGUGGUGUUGGGAUGCAUAUCGAUUGUUGUGAUCCACCAUUUGAAGAUGUUCCUGAGGAAGAUUGGUUUUGUCUUAAUUGUAGCAAACCCAAGGUUACAGUUACUAAUAAUUCCAAAAAGACCACCAGCAAAAGGAAAGCCAAGUAA